GUCGUUGGAUCGAAGAUCACGGGGUGAUCCAUAACAUGAUGUUCAACACCGAGACGCUCAGGAAGUACAGCCACAAGGCGACGCAGAACAAGACGGAGUGGUGGGACAACGGGGUCUUUCCACUGUGGAUCACAGCUCAAAAUCAGGGGAAAAAAACCGCCUCGUUUCAUUAUCCAGGAGGAGGAGCCAAUUACAGCGGUCAGGCAGUUCAGAGAAGCCUGGUUGAAGCCUUCGGCCACCCUGACAGCAAUGAGACGGAAUGGCGAGAGAAUAUCGAUAUCGUCAUGAACUGGUUCACCCGGGAAGAUUUCGAUUUUGUCACCCUGUAUUACGGGGAGCCCGAUAAAGUGGGUCACAAUGUUGGCCCUGAAACGGAAAACCGGAAAACGAUCAUCCGACAGAUAGACCGAACUGUCGGCUACCUGAGGGAAGCCAUUGAGAAACAUGGCUUGCAGGAUAGCCUUAAUGUCAUAAUUACAUCCGAUCACGGUAUGACAACCAUCAAGAAGAAACCAGACGUCGAGGAGAUCAUGUUGGCCAACUACAUUAAAUUCAAGGACUUGGUGAAGUUUGACAUCCUAGACUAUGGUGGGUUCGGGAUGAUUCUGCCAAAACCGGGGAAAGAAGAAGAAAUCUAUCAGGCUCUGAAAAAUGCCCACCCUCACCUCAAUGUCUACAGGAAGGAAGAGUUUCCGGAAAGCUUCCAUUUUGCAAAACAUGAACGGGUUUUGCCGAUCUUGCUUUAUGGAGACUCUGGUUACAGUGUCAAUGGGAGGUUUAUCUUAUACAUCAACAAAGGUGAUCACGGAUUUGACAAUCAGCACCCGGACAUGCGGACCAUAUUCAGGGCUUUUGGCCCAGACUUCAAAAAGGGCUAUUUGGCGGAUCCCUUUGACAGCAUCCACAUUUACCCGCUGAUGUGUCACCUUCUAGGAGUCCAGCCGGAACCUAACAAUGGCUCCCUAGCGUUCACUCGGCACAUGCUCAGAUCUGCAGCAGCAAAGACGCUCCUCCUUCUACCCCUCCUUGUAGGUGCAGCAAUACUGGUCCAGCUUCUAGCAUCCAUCUGA